AUGCUAAUCAUGUCAUGUGUGAUGAUCGAUGAGAAGAACAAGCUCGCAAACGCCAGUUCAGACUGUCUGGCACUGAUAAGCAAAAGAGGGGACAAGACCACUUCGACAACUCUCGUCGUGUGCCGUUCUGCAGAGAAUAAGGUGCAACUAGCCACUCACCUGCACCUAGCCAUUGACAACUGGUCCAAAAAGAACCUUCAGUACUCCAAUGAUGACAUCCUCUCACUAGCCGACAUGUUGAGCAGUGCGGGUGAAAAUGAAAACAGGCCUCUAGCUAUGCCUGAUGUGAAUGAGUAUGUCAUGGCCAUAGUGAAUCAGGAUUGGUCACCGGGCCCUGGACUUACACUGCCUCGAGCUAUUGAUGUCAAUAGGGGCGAUACCGUGCACCUCUACGGCGGUAUUCCUAAGGACAAAACGGCCUUUGUGGGCGUGAAAGUAUUCGCUCACACGCUGAGAGAGGGCACAGUUCCCGCCUAUAUCCUCGAUCUAUACGAUACUGGGGCCAAAAAAGGGACCAUGAACGUGAAGCAUGCACCUGCAAUUGAUCUAUUCUCGACUACUAAGUCCUCGAGAACCAGCAAGAAAUCGUUGCUGAGUGCAAUGGGAGAUGCGUAGAGCGAGGGUGUUCUUUGGUACUGUUAGCUGUGAAUAUAUGAUAAUUAAACGAGUCUUGUGAAUGG